AAUCAAAAACUGAGUAUAACAAAACGUGACAGGCAAACUGUACAACAACUUUGGAAGCAAGUGGCUAAUGCGACGAAUGGCGAAUGUUCUGUCGAUGAGGUAAAAAAAAAAUGGAAGAACUUAAGGGAUCGUUACAUGAAAAUAAUCUCUCUUGAAAAGUUGCCAAGUGGAUCAGGAAGUAAACCAUCUCGCAGAAAGUGGCAACAUUACGAAUUAUUGUCUUUCUUACGUGACACUUCUUUGGAAAAAGAGACAGUUUCAAAUAUGAUGAGUCGUGAGGAAGACACUAGCAAUGAUGACACGGAAAUCCAAAGUGUGGACGUCGUAGAAGUCAACGGUGCGAUUGAUGCAUCAAAAAGUAUUUCGUUCAUAAGCUGUACGGGAAUGAAAAGAAAACGAAAAAGUACUGAGCGCGAAGAAGACUUGAUGAAGCAGAUAGCAGAGGCCUUGCAGACUCCACGACCACCUUUGCCAACUCCUCCUGUUCUUGACGAAGUUGACAAUUUUACUUCGAUGAUUGCCUGCCAGCUACGAGAGUUGUCAUCAGUCCGCAGACGCGCAAUAAUGUUGAAAAUUCACGAGCUCUUACGUGCUGAAUUAUUGCGUAACGACAAUUCGGCAACAACAAUAAUAUAACGUAAAAUAUAAUAAUAUGAAUAAUAUAUGUAUACGUAUAGUAAUAAAACGAGACUGAUUUUGUUAGUGCAAUAAAGCCGAAGCGUAUUUA